CUUGAAAAGAUAAUUGGAAUCUGAAAAAGGUGAAAGAGAAAGUUACUGUAUCAGCCGUUAGCUUCCUGGAACACUUCAAUGCUACAUGAUGUAUGUCAUGGGAAGUGAAAUGUUUAACUUGAGUAGGAAUUAUUUAUCAGACACCCAUUUUUAGCCUCUUAGAGUUUGUACCAAGUUAAAAAACACUUAGUGAAGUUAUCCUCCAUUUCUUGUCUUAACCAAGGCUAAUUUUCCUAUAAUUCAUUGUGGGCUUCGGCAAAAUUAUUGUCUUUACCAAGGCUAAUUUUGCUAUUAUUCAUUGGGAGUUUUAACUGAAUUGUUGUUUUUGCUGAGGGCAAUUUACCCUCGUGGACAGAAGGGCUGCAGCGUGCCCGCGUAGUGGGCGUAACUGGGCUAGUACUUGACCUAAAGCGGUAUCUUGUGAUAUGUUCGUUAUUGGAUACGGAAAGCAAAGAAAUAGUUAUGGAGGACAAGACUCACGGUGUUAUGGGCAAGUCUUCAUACAGAGACAUCCUCAUCAGAUUGGGAAGAUCGGUGGUGGUACUGUAUUGCUUCUCUGUUUUCUGACGUCACUGGUGGGUUUUUUACAACUUUUUAUUUAUCUUGAAAUAAAAUAAUUGGUCCAUAUCAAGUUAUGUUUAGAGAGUCUAUGAUGAAUUGACAGCCGUAUCGCUACUAAGGUGUUACUGUAAGGUCGUGUUCUCUCCGGGGUCUUUGUUUUUUAUUUUAUGGUUUGUGUUUUUUGGGGGUGGGGUAGGAGAGCUUCGCUCGUGGCGGAAAAAGGCCAUUGUCUUUCUUCUCAACCCCCUAAAAACGGUUGGAGUUUUAUUUAUGGCUGUCUUUGCGAUUGGCCACCGACAGCCCAAAAAUGAAUGAUCCAAAUGAUGAAAGAACGCCCACUUCAGUCUUACGAUUGAUUGUGGUCAAAUGUUCUGAGGAUUACUCUUUUGCUACCGCUUUCAGAUUGGUAACCUGGAACAAAUAUGAAAAUUAAUUAUUCACCGCAUUUAAAGAAAAGGCCUUGAAAUUUGACUGUAUUCUUCAGCAAAUUUUUUUGCACCAAUUUCUUCUUAAACUAUUAAAAAAAGUCAUAUUUAAGCAAGUUUUUUAUUCUUUUUCCUUUUUAUUGCUUUGGUCUUAUCUUUAACAGCAUUUCUAUUGAUUUAUUUUUUACGGAAAAGGCACGUUGAUAAUCUUUGAGAUUUGACAGAGUCUCGUGCGAAUAUCUUCUUAAAUUUUCAAAAAAUAUCUAAAGCUAGCAGUGUUGUUGUUCUAUUCUAUUUUGCCAAUUUUAUCACAAAUGUAUUUUUUCUUUGGGUUGAAAGGCAAGGGUAUCGGCUUUUAUAUUUUGUAUUUAAUUACAGGUUUCGCGUGUAUAAAUGGAGGUGAUCGGUUACCCAACAGCUCUGCAGAUUCUCUGUUGAUAGGCUUGACAGCCAUAUCCUCUCGCUAAUUUUCUUUCGCAAAAUGUUUUGACAGAAAUAUUGGAUAGGCUGUGCAAAUUUAGAAAUGUUUUUGAGCAAAUAUUUCACACGUAUGUCUUUUUAAACUAUUCAAACUAAUCCUAGAAUUGUUUUCAUUUAUCUUUCGAUGUUAAAAUCCCAAUUCUUUUCCAUUUUUCUAUUUCUGUGGAGUCUGGGGCGAGAUUUUGGCGCCAAAAUGUGAAUCUGGUGAAUGACGCGUACAUUAAGCUCAAAGCAAAAGAAAGCGUCGAAAGUUGACGGAAGAGGAUAUUAUCAGUCUUAUUCGAGAAGCUAACAGCCUUGAAACAUGCCUUCCAAUUCCAAGAAAUCUAAGCAAGCUGUUAAAAACAUUGUCAAUUUCGACUUCGAAGAGAAAGAACAUGAAGUUGCUGAAGAAGCACCACCUGUGGGCUCAAAUAGAGCCAGAAAAAGAAACUUUUCAAAACCACCGUCUGACGAGGAAACUGACAGUGAACAAGCUCAGGAUACAAAAGUAGACACAUGCGAAAUGGAAAUGCAAAAUGUUUUAAGCAGCUUUGGAGCUGAUAUUACAAGAACUCUGGCUGCAAAACGAAAACGCCUUCAGCUAUUCACACAAGCAUCAUUGAAAUCGGCAAACAGAAAAUAUGAAGAUACUUUGAGCUCCCAGCAAAUGGAAAGGAAAAAGUUGUGUGAAGAGUUCAGCCGUCAAAUCGAUUCAGUUUUCACGCAAUGGGACAGCGAUCUUUCAAAGUCGAAAGAAAGUGAAGAAAAAAUGGAGAAUAUGCUGCGCCAGCAAUUCAAAUCAAUGCAGCAAAAUCGCAUUGUCCAGACACAGAGAAUAAGAGCCAUAAAACAGCUGCAUGAGCAAUUUAACAAGACGCUAGUUGACCUUGAAAAGGUGCACCAGGACCAGCAAAGCACAAUUCAAGGGGAAAUAAGAAAAGAACUGUCACAGUUGCAAAAGAAAAUGCUUAUGGACACGCAACAAGAAGAAAUUUCGAAUGUACGGAAAUCUUUGCAAACGAUGUUGGCACAAGUGUAAGGAAGCUGGUCGAACUAAGGGCAGAGUUUCCUUCUCCAAAGGUUGGCCUACUGUUCCAGCUACAACGUUAGAUCUUAAACACCUUCUUUGUUUUUCCUUAAUCGUAGGUUUCCCGGCAGAACUUGGUAAAAAGAUUGAUUAAGGACCUCUAAGUUAAAAAGUUGUUCACGUCUUGUUAAUAAAGAUUGAUGAAUAAGUUACUUUUGCCUUAUAGCCUUAAAAGUUUCUAACGGUGUAGUCAGUCAACGAAAAAUUAGUAAAUUUCAACUACAGACGAUUUAGCUUUUGAACAAAAAGCAGGUUCUUUUUACCAAAUGCCUAAAAUUCAUUCUUUGUGCUUUCCAUAAAACCAGAAAAAGUAAUUGAAAAUGUGAAUUUCAAGGAAUCUUAAUGGUCAAUUCUGGUGAAUUGUUUACCAAUAUGUUGCAAACGACGCUAUCAAACAGCAAAAUGUACAAAGUUGAUAAUAUAAAAUUUAGAGUUAUUUUGGAACAUAUUUUAAUCUGUUUGACAACCUCCAAUUUCAAAUGUUGCAAUUUAGAAAUACUUUAAUUAAAAAGUGUCUUUUACUUUGCCUGAAUUUCUCUUUUUUUUAAAUAUCCGAAUAAAAUGUUAAGCCUUCAAACAGUGAAAAUAAUAAUCAUGGUAUUGAAAAUAGUUGACUCUGCAUGAACAAAUACAUUUAGCAAAAUAAUAAUUGAAAAUAAAAAAACAUUUCCUCGUUUUCUACCGUUGGCCCAAGGAAAUUUAUCAUUGAAAAUUUAGUCCGUCGGAUGCCUGAAAAUCUUUAUUUCAAUAAAACUACAAAGGCGAAAUAUAGUAUCUUCCAUAGAGAAUGGUUUCAUUGCUCAACAAGAGUAGAUCAAAGUUUGAUGAAUGAUUAUAUACAAUAUCUUACAACCUUAUAAUAUUUCAAAAAGAAAAAGCAUCGAAGGAUGGAUAGAUCGACAAGGACUGUUAGAUUAAGAAUAGACAAGAACAUUAGUCGCUUUCAAAAGCUGGUACACGCAAUCUGCAUAGCGGAAAGAUGUGUCCAUAACACGCUGUUUGGCUGUUUCGUUUCCCUUAUCUUGCACCAUGUGAAAUAAGCCAGGGUGCAUCUGAAAUUCAGAAAUGAUAGGCGAUAUUCUCGAGAAGUUACCUUAGAUAAUACGUAUCGCUGUACAUGUAAUAAUUUCGGCGGUACAAAGUGAUUCAAUGAUGAAAUUGAUUCAUGAUAAAGGUUGGAAAGGCCUUAAAAUUUAAAACCUUAUAUAAAACGUUGAAACAUUUAAUGCAUCAAUCAAACCUGUGUAUUUUCUGCUAUGUCCUUUGAAAAGUUUUCAUCGAAUUCUCCCAUUGCCAGUUUGUAGCAAAUUCUUGUAGAGGCCAUGUAUAGAACAUAAUCCUCCUGAGAUGAAGAAAGAACGGUGUGAAGAUUAUCUGUGUUGCGGCAUCAAAAAUUAUAAUUAGCUUUGACCUACCAGACUAUAAUUGGUUUCGUUCUACUCAGGAUAGGAAACAUAAAAAAAUUGAUCAAUCAGAAUAUGAAACUUGAAAUACUUCAACCAGUGCCUAGUUUUGAAUAAAAAAAUACAAAUGAUGAUAUUCUGAGGAAGACAGUUACUUAAAAAAAGUAAUUUCUAGACGAAAGAAAUAAUGUUCAAAACUUAUUGAAAAUCUCAUUGAAAAACUAUUUUACAAGGUUAAGCAAACAAAAUUGCAAGUGUUUUUGAGAAAGAAAUCAAAAGUCUACACUAUGACACGAUAAAUAAGAGUAGACAACAGAAGGGGGUAAGUUGUCAGCUGAAAAACAAACGGUUAUGGCAAAAGACAACAGACGUCGAACCUAUUGCAAAAGGAAAGAAUCAUAGAGAAUUUUUAUUAUGCUCCUAACAAUGUCUAUGGACCAAAUGAUCAUUAAAUCAUUUUGUCAAAAUGUGACCUCUACCUAUAGUGAUAAAACUAAAACGGUUACUACAACAUUUUCAAUCACUUACUAGGAAAAUGAUCGAUUCAGAUUGCUUGCUAUCCACACAAAAACAAGAGCGUAAAGCUAAUCUUUUCUAGAAUUACAAACCUCAGUUGGUUGCUCAUCUUUGCACCAUUCGACGGCACCAAGUACAAUGGUAUCCUCGGGGCAUUCCUCUACUCCAUUCCAUUUGCUCCAGCAGUAUGCAUAGGCUGACGAUGACAAUGCAAGUUGCUCGUAUACACUAUCUACAAACUCUGGGUCCUGAACGAACAAAAUAAUUCUCUAUAGUGAUUCAACAAAAACUAUUUGAUAUUAACUUUAGCAAAAAAACUUAAGUUAAAUUUGAUACAGUUCAAAAUGCAAUUUAACAUUGACAACAUUAGCUCAAUAGAAAUACCAAAUAAAAACAUAAAGAAAAUUUUAACUAACUUCAUUUUUUAAUAUAAAACCACUGCAACAGUCAGCUAACUAAUACUAAUUAAGAAAUUUGUAUGUCAGGGUAUUUUUUGAGGAUUCUCAGUUGCUAGACUAAUCGAGAAGAGUUCACUCUCUGUAAAAAACGUCAAUUUCAGUGAUGACAGGAACAUGUCUGUUUCAUUCCUUUAUCGAAAAUUGAUAUCUUUUCUGGCACGUGCUGUCCAUCGAAUUAAUCUCACACAAAGAACCAACCAAAGUGAUUGUUUUUUAAAUAAAUUUGUAUUAAGACUCUACCUUUUUACAUAUGCUGACGUACUUCUCGCCAUCUUGCGCUGGAAAUAUAUUAAUUCCCGAAGCCCUCAGUUU